AUGUACUUUGACCUGUAUUUACCUUUCCCUCUUCCUCUAGAAGUAGAAGAUUGUACUUCCAAGAAAAGUAAAAAAGGCAAAGGCAAAGCUGUCUCCAUUCCUACUCCAGCAGUGAUAUUGAAAGAGGUGAAGAAGGAUUGUUGGUCAGGUAUAGAACCUAGGGAUAAGGAAGUAUUCGUUAAGAAGAUAGCUCUUUCAGGGCACUUGGGAUAUUCAGUGGUGGCAUGUACGGUCACCCCUUCCGAACCGUCAAAUCAAGUUAUACCAAGCCCAUUCAUGUCAUCGACUCCGUUUCCAGAUUUAGAUCCCAGAACUUCAUCCUCUGCAAGCGAUAGUGAAUCAUCGACAUCGCCCUUGGUACAAGUCACAAGAUAUCAUAUGAGAAUAGAUGAUAAUCGUGUUCACCCACUUACAAGUCAAAACACCAAUGCUUUGAAGAAUUAUGAUAUUCUCAGCGUAUAUCCUACAAGUGAAAAAGCAUUUCAACUAGCUUGUACAGAUUUAUCGAACCCUGGGCCUAAUCAGAUUGCAAUAAUAACGUUACCAUUACAUGAAAGACCAUUCACGUUUCGGUUCAACUGGAAGCAGAUGAGGCAAGCCCAAAGAAACGGUGCAGUUUUCGAACUCCUAUAUUCUUCAGCCUUAUUUCCACCAACAUCUCUUUCAACCGAAACUGUAAAACGGUAUCGACAAAACUUCCUCUCAAAUGCACGAGAGGUAAUUCGAAUAACAGGUGGAAAAGGUGUCAUCUUCUCCUCUGGUCCAGGAGGAGAUGUCAACGGUCUGAGAGGUGCUCUGGAUAUCGUAAAUCUGGGAACUAUGAUAGGUAUACCAUCCAAUCUAGCAAAAGAAACAAUAUCAUCUACACCAAAAUCAGUUUUACUACGUGCUCAAGCAAGAAAAACAUUCAAAGCAGUAAUGUCUAUGCCUAAGCUCGUUCCUGCUCCAGACGAUCAACUCGUAGAUAUAUCUACCAGUUUUCCUCCAGGAAAGAAACGUCCUUCGGAUAUAGGGCAAGAUCUCGACAAGGAGAUAAAGAAAUCUAAAGUCAGUGUUACAUAA